UUUAGUUAUUCAACUUGCGGUGCGGUGUUUUAAGUACAAAGUAAACGCAGGAACAACUCGUUGCACCAUGAAAGGUUUUAUACUGACCGGUGUUUUACUUCUGUUGGGGAUAAUUCAAGUGGUGCGUUCCGAGGAUGAGCAGGUCAUUGAAGAGAUAGUCUUAGGACCUCCUGGUGAGGGUGAUGCUGUUAUUGGGGAAUACGAUGAGGGCGACGAUAUUUUGGAUGAAAUUUUGAUAAGCGAUUGGACCAAAAGUGAAGCACAACUACAGACAACUGAACAAAGUGUUACGGAAGCUGAUCAAACUACAAAUGUACCAAUAACGGUUGAGUUAAGUGAAACGUCAACAAUAACCGAGGAUGUGACAGAAAAGUUAGAAGAUGAAACUGGUAACCCUACGCCACCUCCAAUCACCUACACAGCUCGUCCCAGUACUACGACAACAAAAAGCCCAGCCAUCCAGGUUGUCACCAGUUCUUCGAAAAUUAUAAGCGCUACUUUGAAAUCAAUUCAGCGAACUUCUUCAACUUCCAACGAUAUCACAACGGAAGCCCCAAAAAUCUGCACUCCACUACAAGCCCUCUAUCAAACGAUUCAACGGGAUCUGGCCAAAAUUUUGUUCGAAAUCGAAAAGUUCCAGGCGGAAGCCAAACGUCGGAUUGAGGAAUCGCAACGGGAAAAUAAUACUGUGGGUUUGUUCCAACUUUGGCAGCUGGCCCAGCAGCUCAAAUCGAUGGCAGCAUAGAGUGAGAGGAAGUUUGUUCCACUUUCGGUAGCCAUAAAUAUUAGUUUAUAGUUUAAUGAGAG